AUGUUUGAACAACAUGAACAACAAGAGGAACAAAUAAAGAAAAAAACUGGAGAAAAGAGCUUUGAUGAGCCACCGGGGAAUGCACAACCUACUGAUAGUCAAACUCCAUCGGUAAGUGUAAAUAUAAAUAUUGAUGAUAGUCAAAAGGAAAAUAUUGAUGAAAAUAAGGUUGAGGAAGCACCGGUGAAUGAAAAAAAUGUGGAAACUCAACCAUCACUGGUCAAGGACACCACUAAACAAGAUAAGACAGAGAAGAAUAAAUCAGAGAAAGAAAAGACAGAGAAAAAGGAGACAGAGGAGAAGAAAAUAAUUGAUGACGAUGAUGAUGACUCGAUUAGCAUUAAAGCACCUAUUGAUAUGGACAAUCCAAGUUCCUCUCAAUUGAUGGAGAUUGCAACAAUAAUCCAAUCCAGAGAUCAAAAGAAGAGAAUGGAGGAAAAACAAAGAGAGGUAGAAACAAUAAGGGCAGCAGUUGAUAUUUUGUCUAGUCUCCUACCAGAGACUGAUACUAAAAGUUUUGUUACUCCCAUUGACAAACUUGGGCAGUUGGUUACCGAUGUCAGAGAUCAACUCAAGACAUUUGAAGAUGCAACAUACAUAGAUCAAUUGAAAAGGACUACAAGAAUAAAAUGA